UGUGGAGGUAUCGACCGACCUCCGCGAGGGGACUCACCGGCGGAGUCGUAUGGAUACGCUCGAGUCACUGGAAGGUGAUCGUGGAGACUGGCGAGGCCAUCGCAGGGGGAGGUCCGGCCUCAAGACGUACGAACAGCUGAGGAUCUUGCACCCGGAGAGGGGGCACGCGGAGGAAAUUUACGAGUACUCCCUAGAAGAGCGAGACGGACUGAUGAAGUCGAUCACGAGCGAUAUCAAGAGCCACUACGCUAAGUUCUCUCGGGCGGCCGCCCAGAAACUUCGGAGGCACAGGGAGGCGAAAGGCUGCAUACCCUCGUUCGACUGGCGGAAGUCGUUGGAGUCGCUCCCUUUCUUGAUCACGGUCCGCACCUACCAGAGAGAAUACUUCGCCAAUGACCUUGCCGCGGGUCUCACGGAGGGCAUCGUGUGCAUCCCUAUGGGGAUGAGCUACGCUCUGCUAGCAAACCUACCCGCGGUGUACGGGCUGUACACGUCACUUAUACCCCCCCUCAUGUACCUGCUGUUCGGGACUUGCAACCAGCUCUCGCUCGGGGUUUCGGCGAUCGAGUCCCUCCUGGUGGCUGCCGGGGUGUCGGAGGUUAUUGGCUGGAUCGGCGACGAGGUGGAUGCCGAUACCACUGAGGAGGAUAUCAACACCAAGGUGCAAGUCACCCUGGCCUUCACCCUUUGCGUGGGCUUCUGGCAAAUGAUCAUGCGGAUCUUCGGAGUUGGAGCCAUCGCCACGUUUCUGUCCGACCCGGUCCUGUCCGGGUUCUCCACCGCAUCCGCGUUUUUGAUCGGAACCUCGCAGCUCAAGCACCUCGUAGGGUACGAGUUACCCAAGGCCAUACUCCCUGUCAUCUGGUACGAAGCCGUCACGAACGUGCCGAAGUUCAACAUCGCCUCCGUUUGCGUGGGGGUCAGCGGGAUUCUGCUGUUGAUGAUUUUCAAGAAGCUCAACAGCCGGUACCUGCCCCAUUUGCCGCUACCGUCUCAGGUUGACGGCAUCGGCGGGUUCUCAAGCUACGCCAGCAACCUCGCCAUCCAGAGCCUGCUGGUGGCGGUGAUUUGCUACAUCAUCACUAUCUCCAUCGGAAAGACUUUCCAGAGGAUCAACGACAACGCCUACAAGAUCAACGGUGCACAGGCAAGGAAUGGCGGUGAGCUCGUGGCGAUGGCGAGCGCCAACAUGGUUGGAUCGCUCUUCAAGUCCUACCCGGCGUCGGGAUCCCUGAGCCGAACGGCAGUGGUUCAGUCCGUCAACGCCAAGACACGCAUGCACCUCAUUCCCGCCGUCGUCGUGGUGAUGCUGGUGCUGGUAGCUAUCACACCCUUGCUCUACACCUUGCCCAAGGCCAUCCUCGCGUCAGUGGUGAUGUUUGGAGUGGUGAAGAUGGUCGACUUCAGGGACGCAAAGCGGCUGUACCAUCUGAGCAAACCCGACUUCUUCUUGUGGAAUGUCUCUUUUUGGGUCACUGCUAUCGUUGGGCCCAUCAAGGGCAUCGCGGUCAGCGUUGUCGUUAGCCUCCUGUACUUGCUGAAGCAAACGUCGAGGCCGGCGAACUCGACGCUAGGCAGACUGCCCGAGACCCGCGAGUACCGCAAUAUCAAGCGUUUCCCGAUGGCGAAGGAGAUACCGGGAAUCCGCAUCUUCCGAUUCGAUUCUAGCCUGCACUUCGCGAACAAGGACUACUUCGAGAACCGACUCAAGGCUCUGGCGCAUGUUUUCCAGCCCCGAUAUUUUUUGGUCUUGCCAUGUCUUGAGUUCACUGCUGUUGGCCAUUCUGUGGUAACGCCGGCCCUAAUCCCACCUCGGUCUCUCGUGAUGGUGAUGGUGGCGGUGAAGGAAAACAACCCCUACCAGGGGGUUCGAAUCCACACCAUCGUGCUAGACGCGUCCUCCAUCAACCAGCUGGACGCUAGCGCAAUCGACAUGCUCAUCCUCGUGGCCAAGUCGUACGACGAGCGGGGUGUGUCCAUCCUUUGCGCCAACUGGAAGGGGCCCCAGCGUGACCUGUUGGAACUGUCCGGCUUCUAUGACGUCAUACCUCCGGCGAACCUGUUUCUCGGUCUGCACGAUGCCGUCGUCGAGGCCAGAAAGAGUUCUACUCCUGCGUCAAUAGUCAAGCCAACAUCUACCGCCGCUGCCCCUCCGUCCCUCCACUCUCUACCGUAUGUGUCUCUGCAGGUCUCGAGACAUCACAGAAGAACCGCUCCCGCCCCCAGCACAACGGUCCCCAACAUCAGCCUCGGGCAGAUCCGCCAGCAUCGCGGAAGGCGAUCCUUCGAACGUGUUGCACAGAGAGGUGUCGGUCGCCGAAACCGUGGUUGAGAUCGGACCCGACGGAGAGAC